ACACUGGACACAAAAUAUGUUUUUAUUCAAUUGAAUACAUUUUGUAUAGCCCCAAAUCACAGAUUUCCCUCGUAGGGCUUUACAAUUACGUCUGUUUCUAUGCUGUUAUUGUAAAUGGAAGUUGUAAUAAAUUAAUAAUAAAUAAUGUAUGUAUAUUACAAAAAAAUAAAAGUUGCCAGUUUACAGCUGUACAUAUUCUGGUACCUUCUCAUUGAUGGAAAUAAACCAGGUAUCUCAGUGGAAUUUUUAAUAAUAAAUAACAAGUCUCCGCCCAGGAUUCCCGGUCAUGACAUUGUCUUUACGCCAGGUGGCAGUAAGCACCCUUCAACUCAGCCGCGCUAAAGCCACGAAGAAGAGAGCGUGACGUUUCACUUCCGCAACAACGGACUAUUUGACAACAUGGAUGCGACACAAACUGGGUUUGCGGGCGAAAGUGGCGCAGUGAAGAUACAAGAGCGACUUCAGAAGCGGCACCAGGCGAGGGCAGAGGACGCCGAGCGGAGGAAGGAAGCCAAAGACAGCAAGUCUGUGGUGGAGGAAAAGGGCGAGUACUUUUCCAGCUCUUUCAACGCCGAGCGGGCGUCCAUCGAGGAGGUGCUGUCCGGUUGCUCCGGAGCCGACCGGGCCGCGGUGACCCAACGGCUGGAGGAGGCCACGGCCAAAACGGUCCAGCUGCAGAAGUUCCUCAACGACAGCAUGCUGUUCCUAACGCAGUACGAGCUGAGGCAGGCCCAGGCCGCCCUCCUGAAGCUGCAGUCCUCCAUCGCCGAGGCCCGGGAGCAGGCUGUGCCCAGGAAGAAGUUCGCCUUUCGAGCCCGCACCAAAGCGACGGACAAAGUGUCGGAAACACCGUCGCCCGCGGCCGACGCCCGCGCAGACUCCGGUGUUGCCAAGGUGGACGGAGCCGCGGAGUCGGAGCAGUGCAGCUUCUCCCACAUGGACAACGCGAGUCUGACCAAGACGGCCGCGGAUGUCCAGAAACGAGACGUGCUGUUGAGUCACCUGACCAACUGCAAGGUGCGCCUGUUCGGUUCCCCCAGCACGCUGCACCUGAAACACAUCGACGGCUGCGAGAUCCUGUGUGGGCCCGUGAGUAGUUCGGUGUUCGUAGAUCACUGCAGGAACAGUACGCUGGCCGUCCCUUGCCAGCAGCUGCGUACGCACAACACCACGGACACCAGGGUGUAUCUGCAGGUCACCAGCCGGGCCAUCAUAGAAGACUGUCACGGGGUGAGCUUUGCCCCUUUCUCCUGGUCUUAUCCCACCCUGGAGGAGGACUUUGAAGUGUCGGGCUUGGACCGGGACCGAAACAACUGGAGCCAGGUGGAUGACUUCAACUGGCUCGCCGCAGGAACACAUUCCCCCAACUGGACUGUCAUUCCGGAAGCGGACAGGAAAACCACGUGGGACCCCUAGAAUUGAGUUUUGAGACAUUGUUAUUUGGCGAAGUAAUAUGUCAAUCAAACCAUCAUUUGGAAUGUUGUUCAUUCCCAACAACAAAAAGGGGUCUCAUCUUAUUUCACAAAGAUCAGUUUAUUUAUGCUGCUGUUUGUUAAUGUUGUCCUAAGAUAAAGAUAAAAAAUACACCUGUUUAACAUCCCAAAGCUCUCUUGGUAUGUUGGUACUCAAGGCCCUCACGUCUCAGCAGAGACAUUUUUCAUUCACUAUUUCUUCAAGAUUAAACUCUGUGUGAAGUUAAUUCUGUUUUAAAUUAUUCUGCUCACGUGUGGCGAACAUAUACUGAAGAGAAAAAAAUUGCAAAACUUCAAAAAAGACUUGACACAGAAAGGCUGUACAAAAGCUACAACUAAGUAGUAGUUGUUUUUUACAGAUAAUAUCCCAUAAUGACUUAACCUAGUGCUUCCUUGAUCUGAACAGUCCAGAUGUUUAGUUUACUCCAUAAGGAAAAGAUGGAAUCCGCCUGAGAGAAAAGGAAGUUGGUAUUUAGCUUGAAAAGUGUGACGAUGAUUCUAUCCAUUUUAAAAGUAUCUAUAACUCAAAUGUAGUUUCAGAUCUAGCUUUCAUUUAGUGCAGCUUUCUAAAACUUUUCCCCCACCUGCUGAUCCUAACAGACGUCACCGUGGUUCUAGGCAGAGGCGGAAUUCCCUCAUCAAAAACCAGGUUUAUUUCUAGCUCAAUGAAUGGUCUUGUUAGUCACGAUCUGUGAACUAUUAAAGGACAUCUGAUUCAUAGUACAAAGCUCCUUUCUGAAUUUACUAAGUACUAAAGUACUUUUCAAAACCACUAAAAUUGUUUGAAUAAUAAUCCGGCAUGAAUGCUGCUGUGAAGUGCUCUUUCUCAGCGGUACAGAAGGUGUCUGUGAUUUGAGCAGACUGACGCAAAUGAACAGAUAAUUAUUCUCAAGCUAAAUCGUUGGGCCUUUAUCCACCUGUUAACCACCGACCUGAAGCGGGGAAAAAAAGGACUUUUUAAGGUAUUGAAAAUGAAAUGUAAGACAAAUAAAGAGACUUCCUGUUUAACAACA